UCCUCGCUCCCUAGCUCGCGGGGGCCGGGCUGAGCUGCGGGGCGGGGCCGCCCCUCCGUCGCUGCUGCCUCCUCCCCCACCCCCAGCCGCGGAGGAUGCGGACGGCCCCCGGCGGCGUCUAGCGGCCCCGGGCCCAGGCGCGAUGGUGCAGCAGCGGGGCGCGAGGGCCAAGCGGGACGGCGGGCCACCGCCCCCGGGGCCCGGGCCGGCCGAGGAGGGGGCGCGUGAGCCCGGCUGGUGCAAGACCCCAAGCGGCCACAUUAAGAGACCGAUGAACGCGUUCAUGGUGUGGUCGCAGCACGAACGGCGGAAGAUCAUGGACCAGUGGCCCGACAUGCACAACGCCGAGAUCUCCAAGCGCCUGGGCCGCCGCUGGCAGCUGCUGCAGGACUCGGAGAAGAUCCCGUUCGUGCGGGAGGCGGAGCGGCUGCGCCUCAAGCACAUGGCGGACUACCCGGACUACAAGUACCGGCCGCGCAAAAAGAGCAAGGGGGCGCCCGCCAAGGCGCGGCCCCGCCCCCCCGGCGGCGGCGGCGGCGGUAGCAGGCUCAAGCCCGGGCCGCAGCUGCCUGGCCGCGGGGGCCGCCGAGCGGCGGGAGGGCCUUUGGGGGGCGGCGCGGCGGCGCCCGAGGACGACGACGACGAAGACGACGAGGAGCUGCUGGAAGUGCGCCUGGUGGAGACCCCCGGGCGUGAGCUGUGGAGGAUGGUCCCGGCGGGGAGGGCCGCCCGAGGACCAGCCGAGCGUGCCCAAGGGCCGUCGGGCGAGGGGGCGGCUGUCACCGCCGCCUCCCCAACUCCGUCGGAGGACGAGGAGCCGGAGGAAGAGGAGGAGGAGGCGGCGGCGGCCGAGGAAGGCGAAGAGGAGAAGGUGGCGUCGGGGGAGGAGCCGUUGGGCUUUCUGUCCAGAGGGCCCCCCGGCCCCGCGGGCCUGGACUGCAGCGCCCUGGACCGCGAUCCGGACCUGCCGCCCCCCUCGGGCACGUCGCACUUCGAGUUCCCGGACUACUGCACCCCCGAGGUUACCGAGAUGAUCGCAGGGGACUGGCGCCCGUCUAGCAUCGCCGACCUGGUUUUCACCUACUGAGCCCAUCGUCAGCGGGGCGCGCACGCCCCCAAACCAGCUGUUUACAUACAGGAAUCAGGUAUUGGGGCCCCUCGGAGGCCGAGGCUGGCACCCCAUCUCCCGCACAGCCUCCCCCCUCCUAGACGUGCCCAUCCCCCUUCAAAUCCAGACAAGCCCUUCCCCGGCAGACACACCCCAAGACAGCCCAACCCCCACCCUUUCUCCGACAUCCGAGCCCUUCCCCAUCUUGCCCCCUCCCGCGAGCCACCAGCAGCCAGCCCCCUCCUCCGAUACACCUCCCAUCCUCUCCAGAGACCUGUACCCCUCCCCCAUUUUGCACACGCCCCUCCUCUUGGCCGGAGGACACGCCCCUGCCCUUGGCUCUAGACUCCCUCCGCCUGCUUCCAGCCCGCCUUCUGUCUCGUUUAGGGGGGCGCUGCAGCUGGGCGGCCCUGCGCCCUCCUCUCUUGCCCUUCCCUCCCGGGGAGGGGGAGGGGCACGCUCCUUUUCCCCGGGGAGCACUGGGACACCCCCCCCCCCCGCCUUCUUCUUGCGCAUGCUUAAUGCUUCUUGGGAGGAGGGGGCUGGUCCCUGCUGAACCACUAGCCUCGGUCAGCCGCUCUGGGAAGAAGGGGGGCGGAUAUAGAGCGAUCCUGAGAAAUCGUUUGAUCCAGGAGCCACGGCUUCCGUUCAACCCGACGGGGCGUCACUGCCUUAAAUGGGAGGAGCAGUCGGAAGGGGGAGAAAGACUAGCCAGCCCGGAAGGUUCGGUGUGGAGCUUGGAACUCCCAAGUGGCAUAGCCCCUUUCCCCUUACGGGGGUCGCCCAGCCCAUGUGCACCCCCGCCCCCCCCCCCCCCCCCACCGACUGCUUGACUGCCUCAACAGCCUGUCUUGGUUCCAAGAAGCCAACCUUUCUUUCCCCCACCUGGGAAUUGGGGGCCAGGGUUUUUCUCUGGAAAUCCUUCAGGAUAGAAAAAGAAAACUCAGAAUCAAGACAUGUAGUCGUUUGUGUGGGGACAGGGUCCUUUUGUCCGCCUCCCCCCCCAAGUGCCCUUGUCACCUCAGGGCACACUUCCAGCCUGGACUCCCUCCUAAGCCCACCGCCCCUUCCUGUCACCCAGAUCCCUUUGCCUACAGUGCCAGUAUUCAGUGGGAGAAACAAACACGUCGGUACUCAACUAGGGGGUUGAGACUGAGGCAUGAUAGCAGAUGAAGAGGCAAGAAGAGACGCCUUUUUUCAGCAGCUGGCUUGAGAGACCAACACCUGGGCCAGUGAGCCUGAAGGGAGGUUCAGAGUAGUGUUGUGCCAUUGGCGCCCAGCGCUACUGUGUCCAGUUUGGGGUGCCCUUGGGAAACCCUGCCCCUGAUGCUGUUACCCCUCUCCCUCCAACUCCCAGCUCAAGCUCCGCCCCUCCGGCCUCCCCAUGCCCCCUUUACCCUCACUACCUGUAUCUCACCGGCGUGUGUUCACCCUCCCGGGUGUGCACACACUCUCAUUCACACACACAAAUCUCAGGAACAAACGGUCCCAGAGUCCUCCGGGAUCCCUGCCCAGGGUCUCUGCAGGGCUCUGCCCCACGCGUUCCCGUCGCUGACAAAGCCACCAGCUGCCUCCUUUAAGCUUGGUGCUCCGGCUCUGGGCCUUUUUGCGCGCGCUCUUUCUCUCUCUCUUUCUCUCUCUCUUUUUUUUUUUAAAGAAAAAUAACAACAAAAAAAAGACAAUGAAAAAUCCCAGAAAACGUCAUGUGAGUGAAGAGAUGUCACUGUCUGUGGUCUUGGAGAACUAGUCUCGUAGCUGAGGGGAGGGGUCCCUCUGAUCUGGGGCACUGGCACCCACAGCAGGACUUACGCCAGGACUGAAUAAAGUGUAUUUGCCCCAUCUC